AUGGAACACAGCCCGCUGAAGAGUCCAGGCAAACAAUUUGCAUUUUACAAUGAAAAUGAAGUCUGCAAACAAGAUUUCUUUAUUAAAUCACCACCUCCCGGGCUUCUCACUUCUUUAACGUCAUGGAAGAAGCGGUUUUUUGUCCUGUCCAAGAAUGGGAGUAAUAGCUACAGCCUUUCCUAUUACAAAGACCAUCAUCACCGAGGUGUGAUUGAAAUUGAUGGGAAUUCCAUUAUAGAAGUUGGCAUAAGUAAUGAGGAGAAACUGCAGUCUGUACAGAAGAUGUUCCAUUGCCAGCCUGAGGAGGUAAUGUCCAUCAGAACCACCAAGAGGGACUACUUCCUCAUUAACCACGACAGGGAGAAGAUUAAAGAGUGGGUCUCCUUCAUGUCAACUGUGAGCCGCUGGGAAUUAAAAGCAGCAGUCCAGAAUACAGAGGAAUUCUCCAUGGAUAACUACAGGUGUUUGUCAGCCCCUCUCAGCCCUCCAAGUCCCUUGAACUCGACAGACAGUGCCAAAUUCUACUCGUAUAGAAGUGGCCUUCCAGGCAAGCAUGUAACUGGAGGUCCUCCGGAAUCCAGACAAGAUUAUCCAAUAUAUGAAUUCUUAUCAAAGACCGAUCAAGACAAUGAAGAAGAGAAUUAUUAUUCUAUUCCUCGAAACAUUCCUUUAGAGGUGGAUAAAAUACAUGCUGAAAAUGACAUUGAUAAAUCCAUUAAUCCUGAUAGCCCAGAGAUCUUAAGGAGACUUGAACCAAUUUACAUGUCAAUGAAAUCCUGUUUUUCCCAAGACGAGGCCCGUCAGUCUGCUGGCAGCCAAGAGGAGACCCAGAGCCUUCCAGAGACUCGACCUGAGCCAUCUCACCCGCAAGAAGAAGGUUCAGGAAGAGAUGUGCAUCUGUGCCCUCCCAGUCCCGAAGCAGAGACAAAGGGGCCAGCCCCACCAACUGUGGUGCAGUUGUCAAUACUGAUCAAUAACAUCACCGAUGAGAGCAAAGUGGAGAAACUGAACGUGUACCUUUCUAUUGCUGACAUCAGCAAUUGUCUUUCUUUCGUCGAAGCUGCAGGACAGAUAUGUGUGGCUCAGUGGGAAGGCCCCGCGCACCUGGGAUGCAUAUUUUUCCACGGAGAUCACCUGUUGGCUGUGAAUGACCUGGUCCCCAGGAGCCUGGAGGAAGUGUCCCUGUUUCUCAGCCGGUGUGUCCAGAAGGCGAAAGUCAAACUCACCAUUGGACGGAUCCAGAACUCAGAGAAAUUCCAUGCUCAGUCUUGCACCUGCCCCCAGAAAUACAAGGCGGCUGUAUCUCUUGAACUGGAUGCCCCGAGAUUGCCCAGGAUCCCUCGGAGGAAUCCAGCCAUUCGAAAGGGUUCUAACAAAGAAGCUGACUCCUAG